AAUUACUUUGAGGGAGGGAGACGGGAAACAGUAUCAUAUUCUGAAUGAUCAGAGGCUGAAAUUCAUAAUUUGGAAUAUUGUGCUCAUUCUUUGUUUUUUACUGUUGUAAAAACCAACCCUUUGUUAUAUGUAGUAAAUAGACUUUGAAUUACAUUUUUACUUAGUUUGUGUUAGAUGUUAAAACUGCUGUCAACCCAGGAAUUAAACAUGUUUGAAUGAGAAAGCACCAUCAGUGUGGUCUGGAAAUCUCUAAGACGUAGGGAAGCAGCAUGAUCUUUUGUUCAGAUAUGUGAAUGGCCAUGCAAAGAAACAUUAUGAAGAUGCACAGAUUCCUUUAACCAAUCAUAAGAAAACAGAAAAGCAAGAGAAAGUUCAGCAUACUGUGUGUAUGGACUGCAGUAGUUACAGUACAUAUUGUUAUCGCUGUGACGAUUUUGUAGUAAAUGAUACCAAGCUGGGCCUGGUACAAAAAGUCAGGGAGCACCUCCAGAAUUUGGAAAAUUCAGCUUUUACAACAGACAGACAUAGGAAAAGAAAACUAUUGGAAAACUCAUCUCUGAACAGCAAGCUAUUAAAAGUAAAUGGGAGCACCACUGCCCUUUGUGCUACAGGCCUACGCAAUCUGGGGAACACAUGUUUCAUGAAUGCGAUCCUUCAGUCUCUCAGCAACAUUCAGCAGUUUUGCUGUUACUUCAAAGAGUUGCCAGCUGUGGAAUUGCGGAAUGGAAAAACAGCUGGCAGGCGAACUUACCAUACUAGGAGCCAAGGGGAUAACAAUGUUUCAUUGGUUGAAGAGUUUAGAAAGACACUUUGUGCUUUAUGGCAAGGGAGCCAAACUGCAUUUAGCCCAGAGUCUUUAUUUUACGUCGUUUGGAAAAUCAUGCCAAAUUUUAGGGGAUACCAGCAACAAGAUGCCCAUGAAUUCAUGCGUUACCUAUUGGACCAUCUACAUCUGGAACUCCAAGGUGGCUUUAAUGGUGUUUCCCGCUCUGUAAUUUUACAAGAAAAUUCAGGUCUCUCUGCAAGCAACAAAUGUUGCAUAAAUGGAGCCUCUACUGUUGUCACAGCUAUAUUUGGAGGCAUUCUUCAAAAUGAAGUAAACUGCUUAAUAUGUGGGACUGAAUCAAGAAAGUUUGAUCCAUUCCUAGACCUUUCACUAGAUAUUCCAAGUCAGUUCAGAAAUAAACGAACUAAGAACCAAGAAAAUGGACCAAUAUGCACACUACGGGAUUGUCUUCGCAGUUUUACAGACUUGGAAGAACUUGAUGAGACAGAGCUCUAUAUGUGCCACAAGUGUAAAAAGAAACAGAAAUCCACCAAAAAAUUCUGGAUACAGAAACUACCAAAGGUGCUAUGCUUACACUUGAAGCGAUUUCACUGGACAGAAUAUCUGAGAAACAAGGUUGAUACAUAUGUAGAAUUUCCCCUCCGGGGCCUAGACAUGAAAUGCUUCUUAUUAGAGCCAGAGAACAGUGGCCCAGAAAGCUGUCUCUAUGAUCUUGCAGCUGUCGUUGUGCACCAUGGCUCAGGUGUUGGCUCUGGACAUUACACAGCCUAUGCAACUCAUGAAGGUCGCUGGUUCCAUUUCAAUGAUAGUACUGUAACUUUGACCGACGAGGAGACUGUGGUAAAGGCAAAGGCGUACAUCCUCUUCUAUGUGGACCGGCAGGCCAAAUCUGGAUCUGAUAAACUUUAAUACCUCCUUUUAAUCCUCACUUAUCAAGUCCAUCGGACAACACAUUUCCAAUUCUCCAUAAAUACUUGAUCCAAGACUAUUAAUUUCAUUGUGCACUUUUCAACUUCCUCGUGUGGGUUUUAGUUUUGUUGUGUCAAUGGUAGCAUUUGACUUAUUGAACUUUGACACAAACUAACUUUUUUUUAGUUUUACCAGAAAACCUCAGCAGAUAUUUUGAUUUGCUGCUUUAGUUGUGAUAACUCAAUUUUUAUAUAGUUUCAUGAAUUGCAUAGUUAUUUGACUUUUGUAUUAAUGUUUUCAGUUUUCACUUUCUAAAGGCACAUUUACAUCAGAGAAGCUUUGUAUCCUCUUUUAUAAGCAAGAGAAAUGUGUUCCUGAUUAUGAAGAGCAAUAGAAUUUUAUGCUGCUCUCUCAGCUGUUAUGUAGAUAAGAUUGAAUCACUUUUAAAUCAAGGAAUUGCUUGCACAUACUGUUUGCCCCAGUGCAAGAAACUUAACAGUGACCUCUGAACAAUCACUCUUUGCCUGCAGAAGAGAUGAGAUGUGGCAUCAUUAAGUAGACUGGGUAAUUGCUGCUAUUAAUGUGUACCAAGGCUGCUGUCUUUCAGGACUCCUUGUAAAUAAAUAGUUGAUUCAGUUGUAUUUGUACUGCAAAUUCAAGUAUAUCUCAUUUGUACUUCAUCCCCUAAAAAGAGACAUUUAAAUUAUUACUCUAAUAUACGUCUUUAUAUGUGUUGUGGAAUUUUAAUUUAGUUUUUUUUAACUGAAAUGGAAUUGCUAGGGUGAGUUCUGAAUUUUAGCAUUUAUCCCAAUGUUUAAUAGCAAGCACUUGCUUUUGAAUCUAGCACACUCCUCGCCAUUGGGCCACCGUCCCUUCUAUAGUCUAAAAUGAGAGCUGAAUAUGGGGGCUUCACACAGGAGAAGUUUUUUGUCUCAACAAAACUCCCACUUGCUUCUAUCCUUUUCCAGCUUGAUUAAAAUCCCACUGUCUUCAUUUAGGUCUGAAAGACAGCUUUGUUAUGGGUUUGGAGCUAGACUUUUCAUGGCAUGUUGGCUAAUCCAGACUCAGGGUCAAACUAGUAGGGAAGAUGUAUUUAAACCUAUAUGUGGGGAUAUUAUAGCACAGUUCAUGCAAAUUGUGGAGCUAAAACAUUGCCUUUUGAGCAUAGGCCCUCACUGACUGCGGUAUUUAAUUAGUAGUCCAAUAUUUUUCAUGGUCUCUUGACGAAAAGAAGAGACAUGAUACUAGGUCUGAAGUUGAAAUGUAAGCCAUCUGUUCUAUUCAAGCCUCAUAGCAGCUUAAUGGAAUAAGAAUUCAGUGUUAGCGGCUAGAAUUUCAGCUGGUCUAGUACUGCUAAUAGAGAGGAGCCCAGUAUAAAUUGAAUGACACCGAACUCAACUUAUGCUUCUUUGUUUGCCUACUGCCUGCCAAGUCAGCUGCCCAGCCAGAUCCCUCUGUGCUGAUGGUCUCAAGAGUUUACAAACAGGUGUGUUUAUAUAUAACUUUGUAAAAACAUCUGCCCUUCCCCUGCUUGUAUCUCUUUGAAGGGAAACUAGUUUGCAGUGAGGUUUUUUUAAAAACAUGGUGUAGACGUGGCAUGUAUUUCAGUAUUAGUUGACCAAGUCCCUCAGGAGACAGUUGCAAAAAAGUUUUAAUUGCUGUUUGAUUCUUCUCAGAUGGCUUUGCCACCGUCUCUUACAAAUAAAUCUGGCUUUGUAUAAAACUGCAGAAAUGUUCAGUAUUGCUAAAUUAAAUUGUAUGAAACUAUGUAAAUUCUACACUUCCCUAAACCUAGUAGUGACUGUCACUUAAUACAUCAAGUGGCAGAUAGAUCUACCAGGAUGUCUUUGUUAUAGACCAAUAAAUAGAUUAUUCCUUGCUUUAAAUUGUAGCCAUCCGCUUGUUAAUUACAAUUUUUGAAUCUUUGCAGCUAGAGCCUAUGUUCUGAUCAGAACCAGCAGCUGUUAAACACAAUAAAAGGUAAUUGGCAGAAUUCAUUAUUUUUAUAGUGAAUGAUGCAGUUUUUCAAGAUGCAAUUUUUGGCAUUAAACCUUAAGACAUUGACACUUGAGCUAGGUCUAUAUGCUACUUAAAUUGUUGUUAUUAACACACAUAUUAAAAAUCAUGAGAGGAUCUGGACAGUUUCUUUAAUUCUCAGUGAAUUCAUUAGUGCAUAUAAUUCAACCAGCCCAUGAUGUAAAUGUGCCUUUCUGUAUUUUUAGGAAUGUAAGUUUGUAAACUUCAACAUUAUCCCCUUAUUUUAAAGGAGAUUGUUUCUUUAAGUCAUCAACUAUUUUUGUCCAAUUGUCUUACAUGUUUCCUCUCAAUAACGUUGUUCAUGUAUCACAAUUGAAUUGUCUUAGCUAGUGGCAUACAGCAUAUUCUGUGUAGGACAUGGCCAUCACAACACCCUACAGUUCUCAUGUUUGUUCUUGAAGCAGUUUCUGAUGCAACUCAGGCAUAUGCUUCUGCAGGACAAGUACAGUGUAAAUCCUUUGCUCAUCUAGCUUACUCCCACUGCAAACACAGAUGGACAGUAUAAACAAUGUGUUGUGGCAACACAAGUAUUUCUCUUCCUGGUGGAGAACUUUACUUAUCCACUGUAUUCUAGUCAGUGUCAAAAAAACAAAAACAAAAAAAAUCUGAGCACUGAACCAGUAACCUCUAUUGCACCUGGCUCAGUAUUAAAUUUUUAACUGGUGUAUCCUAUAUUUAUCUACUUUGUUUGAGCAAGGGUGGGGGGGGUUAACAUUUUCAGCCCAGUCUGUUUCUUUUUCUGUUCACUGCUGGUCUGACUGCCUUCUGCAAGCAAAUGUUUUUUGCAGUUCAAGAACUUGGCUGGUAUUCUGCAACAAAACUUGCCUACAAAAAGGUUGUCCUUGUGGUGGUGGGUGGGUGGGUCGUAGUUUAAAGCUGUGUCUACAAUUAGGCGGUUUUUGUCAAACAAAAUGGAGGAAUUCCCAGUUCAUCACUCCUGCUUCAGCCUAUUGCAUGUUGAUUGAUCAUGCAGCAUCACACAAACCUUUUACACGAUGAGCCCCUGUGAGGAGUAUAUUCAGCGGGUGCUUUUCCCAGUGAUCACUGAUGUGGAGGGGCUUAAAUCUUUCUUGAUGGUACAGGGCACUGUGGGCCUUUGUCAAAAGCAGAAGCCAUUUGUAAAUGGAUGGAAAGUGUGAUGCUUGUGGUGUUCAGAAGUUUGCUUAAUGCUGUUUCAUUAUUGAUGAGUCUGUGUCUUAGUAAUGAGGUAAACUGCACCUUGAAAACCCUAGUUCCAUUGUGCUUUAGCAAGUACUGUAGUGCCAUAGAUGUAAUUGUUUACCAUUAAAUUCUAAUGUGUAA